AUGAGACUAACUCUACGAUUACUGUCUUCUGUGGUGCAGAAAAGACCGUUUUAUAUUACAACGCCAAUCUUUUACGUUAAUGCCGCACCACAUAUUGGACACCUGUACACAGCCUUGGUGGCAGAUGCAAUACAGCGUUUUGAGAAACUAACAAACCCUGAUUGUCAAGUCAUAUUUAGCACUGGCACAGAUGAACAUGGAACUAAAAUACAGCAAGCAGCAGCCAAAGAGAAAGUUCCAUUACCUGAGUAUUGUGCCAAAGUUUCUAAUGAAUAUAGAGAACUGUUUAAAGACUUUGAUAUUGAAUAUACAGACUUUAUACGAACAACAGAGGAAAGGCAUAAAACUGCCGUUUGUCACUUUUGGAAGCGUCUCAUGGAUCGCGACUACAUAUACAAGGCGAAUUACUCGGGCUGGUACAGCGUCAACGACGAGGCUUUUGUCCCAGAGACUCAUCUGAGGGAUGAAGUUCUGGACGGCGAGAAGGUUAAAGUGUCAACAGAGUCGGGGCACCGAGUUGAGUGGACAGAGGAGACCAACUACAUGUUCAGACUGAGCGAGUUCAGAACGCACCUGCUCAAAUGGCUGGAGACCGAUGGGGUUAUCCGCCCCGCGAAGUACCAGCAGCAGCUGAGGGCGUCGCUGGAGCGCGGCUACCUCCCCGACCUCUCGGUCAGCCGGCCAGCCUCCAGGGUCCCCUGGGCGAUUCGGGUUCCCGGUGACGAGGAGCAGAGCGUGUACGUGUGGCUGGACGCGCUGGUCAACUACCUGACGGUGGCCGGGUUCCCGGACGAGGAGGCCAUGAAGGCCCUCGGCAGACCCUGGCCCCCGGAUGUCCAGGUGGUCGGCAAGGACAUACUCAAGUUCCACGGCGUGUACUGGCCGGCGCUGGUGAUGGCGGGCGGGCUCCACCCGCCGCGGCGGCUGCUCUGCCACGCGCACUGGACGGCGGGCGGCGCCAAGAUGUCCAAGUCCAGGGCCAACGUGGCCGCGCCCAGGGAGGCGCCCGCGCCGAGCCACGCGCUGCGCUACCUGCUGCUGCGCGAGGCCACGCUGCUCGACGACGCCAACUACAGCGAGACGAAGCUGGUGAACAUCGCCAACGCUGAGCUGGCCGACACCCUGGGCAACCUGGUCAGCCGCUGCUGCGGCGCGGCGCUGAACCCUGGCCAGCGGAUGCCGGCGCUUCCGCGGCGGCAGCUGGCGCUGAUGCGCGGCGCGGCGCCGGCCCACCAGCUGCUGGACCAGCUGGAAAGGUUACCCGACGCCUGCCACGCCCUCUACUCUGACUGUCAGUUCCACAAGGUGGCAGACGAGGCGAUGCGGACGUUGCGUCUGGCCAACCAGUUCUUCGAGAGCAGCAGACCCUGGCUGCUGAAGGACAGGCCCGAGGAGCGAGAGCGGCUGGACGCCGUGCUGCACGUGGCCAUGGAGACCCUGAGGGUGUGCGCCGUGCUGCUGCAGCCGAUGGUGCCCGAGCUGGCGGCACGGCUGCUCUUCAAGCUGAGGGUGCCCGAGGAGGAGAGGAGCUGGGACCACUCCGCACCCUCCUGGACCCAGGACGGUCAAGGCGGCAGGCAGAUAGAGCCCGGCAAGUUCGUCCUCUUCCAGAGGAUAUACGCCGCGAAGAAGGCCAGGGCG